AUGCAGAGCCAACCCCACACACCAGCCCCCGCUCUGAGCGCCGCAUCGAUCUACACCACCAGCGCCGCCCAGCAACCCGCAUCGACAUCCUUCUCACACGUCCCUGCACCGCCGAAAGCCACGGCACCGCCGCCCCAGUUCUACCCCAUCGCACCCUCCAUCUACGUCUCCCGGCCCACCGACAAGGAACGCGCCUCGCAGCUGACAGAUAUCGCCGAACCCCUGCGGCCGCUCGACGCCGCGCUCGCCACGUCACCCCGGGAUGUCGUCAUCUUUGGCUGGAUGGACGCGCCCCUCCGCCUCGUCGCAAAGUACGCUGUGCCCUACACCGUCCUCUUCCCGCAAGCAAACGUCUACAUCAAGCUGUCCAACGGCAAAAGCUACCUCUCCUCCGAGGCGCGGCGCAAGAGGGACCUCGAACCGCUCGUCGACCACGUCUGUCGGGACGUUGCUCAAGCGGACCGCGACGCCUCCUCGGCCCCGGCUGAGCUGAGCACCGAGCUGGGCGAUUCCACAGUCACCCUCCUCGACACCUCCCAGACCCUUGCCGACGCCGCAGCCAACGCCGACAAGCCUUCCUCGAGCCCGUCCCAGCAUGGAGGUCUCGUAAUCCACAGCUUCUCCGACGGCGGCGCGGGCAACCUCGCCCUCUUCCUCUCGAUGCUCCCGCGCACCUCGUCCGCGCCGCGCGUCCACUCGCUCAUCAUGGACUCGUCGCCCGGCAAGUCGACGCCGGCCUCGGGCGCCUCCGCCUUCACCAUGCCCCUUGCCCACCGCCCUGCCCUGCGCGCCGUCGUGCGCUUCUUUGUCUACCUCGGACUGUACCUGCUCAAGAUCUGGACCCGCCUCAAGGGCCAGCCCACCAGAGCAGAGAAGAUGCGCUCCACCCUCAAUGCGCUCCACACCUGGACCUGGGUCACGGCGAGCCGCAACACCACCGUCGAGGCUGCAGCGGCUGCAAAGGCGGGAGCGGCGGCGGCCGAUGAGGUCCAGGUGCCGCCGAGGAUGUACCUCUACUCCAAGUCUGACAAGCUCAUCCCGUGGCGGUACGUCGAGGAGCACGCCCACCACCUCGCCCACUCCAGCCGGCCCGGCUCCAGCCCGCGACUCGUCGAGAUGCAGUCGGCCGACGCCAAGUCUGCCCUCGCUUCGUGCGACAGUGGCCCAAUGGCUGUCGAGCUGAGGAGGUGGGACGACGCCCCGCACUGCGGCAUCGUCAGGUCCGACUUCAAGGGCUACUGGUCCGCCGUGGUCCAGUUCCACACCGCCGUCCUCUCAUCACAGGCAUCGUCGACUGCGACCGGCCAGGCAUAG